AUGGCACUUCUUGUUGACCUGUGCGACCAAUUGAGCGGCGAAACGGCCCCCGCGCACGUUCCGCGGGUCCUCACCGUUGCCGGCUCUGACUCGUCGGGCGGCGCAGGGAUCGAGGCCGAUGUCAAGACCAUCACGGCGCACAAGUGCUAUGCCGUCACCUGUAUCACGGCCCUCACGGCCCAGAACUCGUUCGGCGUGCACAGUGUCGCGGUGACCCCCGCAGAGACCGUGGAGAAGGUGCUGGUGGCCAUUGCCGACGACCAGAUUGCGCUCGACGCCAUCAAGCUCGGCAUGCUGCCGGACGAGACGCUGUCGGUGAUAACGCCGUUUCUGGCCGCCCGUGCCGCCAGCGCGCCCAUUGUGCUGGACCCGGUGUUUGUGGCGAAGAACGGCGACCGGCUGAGCUCUGUGGCAGCGCUGAAAAAAGUGGUCGAGCUGUUCAAACAUGCGGCCCUCGUUACCCCGAACUCGCGCGAGGCGGAAGUUUUGCUGGCUGUGCUGCGCAGCUCGGACCCUGGCGUGGAGCAGAUCACCUUUGCCACGGCGGACGAUUUUUACGCGGCUGCGCGCCUGCUCGGGUCGCGGUUCAAGGUAGACGUGCUGUUCAAGGGCGGGCUUGUCCCGGUGAACAAGGACCUGGCUGUCGACCCCGAGAACCCGGUGUAUAUUCUGAACGUGCUGUACGAGCACCGGUCAGGAACACUCACCGUAUUCCGGUCGAACUACAUCGACUCGCCAAAUCUGCACGGAACGGGCUGCACGCUCAGCUCGGCGGUCGCGUGCAAUCUGGCCCGCGGCGCGUCUCUGGCGACCGCGGUCGAGAACGCCAUCGGGUUUGUCAACGAGGCCAUCAGACACGCAGAGGUGAAGCCCAACGGGCCGUUGAACCACAUGUGGGCGAUCGGACGGCCGCAGGAGGUGCGGAAGGACGCCGGACUACUGGCGUUCCUCAUCAACCACGAAAAAGUCGCUCCACACUGGCAAAGAUACACUCAUCACCAGUUUGUGCGGCAGGUGAUGGAAGACACGCUGCCAGUGGAAAAAUUCAACUACUUCCUCAAACAGGACUACCGCUACCUGCAGGCGUACCACCGCGUGCACGUGAACUUGCGCAGCAUCACAGAGUCGGAGGAGCUGCAGGCGUACGUGGACGAGAUUCUGGGCAAUAUCGAGAACGAGAUGGAGAGACACAAAGUCAAGCUGAAAAGCAGAUGGCCCGACCUGGACCUGGAGGAAAUCGUCGCUGGACGUGCUACGCUGGACUAUAUCAACUAUUUGGUCGAGCUGUACGAGAAGACACACGACUGGCUGCUGUGCAAGACUGCGCUGAUGCCGUGUCUGAUUGGUUACAACCAUGCUGCUGCCAAUGCGCUGAAUAACGGCACGAAAUUCUUGGUGGCAGAUCCAGAAAACAACGCGCAAACUCUCCAGACGGCACGCAAAUUGCAGCAGGACGCGGAGAGCGGCAGGUUGUCGUACCGGGUGGACGCAGGCUCGGCGACACAAAAACUCUACCGCGACUGGCUCGGCGACUACGUGUCUCCGUGGUACGUGGAGGCCUGCAAACGCGGCGAGCAGGUCCUCAACGAGUACUUCGACGAGUACGUCAGCAGGAGGAAGAACGAGGACGGGUUCGAUAAAGGCAAACUUUUAGACACUUUGGCAGACAUUUUCGCCAAGGUGUCGAGCUUGGAAGCAAGCUUUUGGGACGAUUGCAUCAAUGGUCCUGGAAAUAUAAAUUAG